CCACAGGCACAGCCUCCUUUGCCUCCGCUGCUGCUGCUGCCUCGCCUGCAGCUAACACCUCUGCCUGUGCUGCUUUCCCUUGCAAACAUUUUCUUACCACUCCAGCUGCCUCACACAGAGGCAGCUGUGUCUCUGCCUCUCCCUCCUUUAAAAGAAAAGAAAAAAAAACCCUCAAAAAAGUUCUCUAAAUCUACCUCUUGUGCAAGGUGGACGUGUGAUCACAGGUACCAAGGAAGCAGAUUUCCGCUCUGCCCCAGAGGGUUCCAAGGCAUUCCAGAGAUGAUGGCUACAGAAGAUGGCAGGAAUGUGAACAGCCUCAAGGAAGUGUGGAGCAAAGAAGAGAAUGCCUUGUGUGCAGAUUGCGGGGAACCUGGUAAAUCAAUUUUGGAGGCUUCAGGGCAGAAGUGGAGGGCAGCUAGCAAAUGUGAUGGACGUCUGAAGCAGUCAAAGAAAUGACCGUUCCUUGGAAGGAGUGGCGGGUUGUGGGGAAUUAAUGAAGGAGAAGCAGCGCUGGCACGUUUGGGCAUUGUGUUUUUAUCUAGCCUGGAGCUCCUCCAGAUAACUUAUGCCUUGCGCAAAGCUUCCAUGGAGAUUAGAUUAUAUCUGGUAUUUGGUGAGUGUUUGUUCUGAUUUGUUUGCGGGUAUGUUAUGUGACAAGGAGCAUUCAUCCUAAAGUGUGCGCAGGGCAUUCAUAUAUAUUUCCAUUAAUCAUUCGUUCAUUCCUUGCUGUUUUAAAAGUGAAUUUGUUGUGCUAGGGCAGAGGUUGGGGACCUCAAGCCUGGGAGGCUGAAUGUGGCCCUCUGUACCUCUCUGUUUAGCCCUUGCACCUUUCUUAGGCCACACCCAUGGCUUCACCCCCUCAAGUGUUUCUGGCUGAUUGGAAAGUGUUCUUGGAUUCCAAUAAUGGUCCUUGGGUUGUUAUUUUUACGAACCGCCAUGUGACAUGAAAUCCCAGGGUGGGCCAAAACGAAGUGAAAUAUGGCAUUUAGAAACAGUUUUGAACAAUUUUCAGUCAGUGGGGCCUAAAAUGUAUGCCUCUCAAGGGUCAAUGGGCUUGGUGAAGGGCUGCAUCUUCAAAACCCUUGAAGAAAGCUUGACAAUGAAGGUGACAGAAACAUCUUUGUGGUGAGGGAAUUCCACCACUUGGGGGCUGCUGCUAGCCUUGAGUUUGGGGCUGUCAAGAUGGCGGAUAGAGAGUGGACCUGUGCUCAGGUCCUGCUUGUGGGAUUACCACAGGCAUCUGGCUGGUCACUAAGAACAGGCUGAUGAAGGGCCUUUGUCCUCAUCCAGCAGGACUCCUCUUAUAUAUUAGUCAAACAAGGCCUCUCAAGAAAUUUGGGGUGGGUGGGUUUGAACCUGUUGAGUAAAUAAAUAUAAUACCCAGUCUCCAACCACUGAUACACUUUUAUUCCCCUUAGACCCUGACUGGGCCUCCUAUACUUUGGGCGUCUUCCUCUGCUUAAAUUGCUCAGGGAUUCAUCGCAACAUCUCUGACAUCAGCAAAGUCAAGUCACUAAGGAUGGACCACUGGGAUGAAGGUCAGGUGCAGGUGAGUCUUGUGUCCCCAAGAAGCUACUCACUCGAUAAUAUAUUUGCAUAGGAGAUGCAAACAAUUCGCCCCUCUUUUCCCUCAAGAAUGCUGGGAGUAAAGAGGGAAGGGAAGAAAAGAAAAGAAAAGAAAAGAGAGCACCAAGCUUCAGAAAUGUAAGACUGGUAAUCAUGGAGGAGGAGAAAAGGUUGAGUUCUCCUGAGGUUGCUGUGUCAGGGAAGGAGGGGACCCCGGGGCCUUGUAGAGGUCAAAUGUCACGGUGAUGUGGCUGGUGCAUAAGCGUGGAAUAGGGAAGAUAGGGAUUUGUGUUAGAUGAGGAGUCACUCAGGUGGCUUCUUCCUCUCCUCCCACCAAAGCCUGGAUUGCUUUGUGAGUGUAGCAAAAGGGUUUGAAUUGUUUGUCACAGAUCUGAAACAGUGAGCUGGGGCAUAGCCACAGAUCUCAUUAGCAGGGAGUUCAAUAGUGGCAGGAUUUUGUGAUCAAGAACAAAGCUUGCCAACUGCCUGAAAGUGACUGGUCCAUGCUCAAGAAUGAAAACAUUUGGGUACCAGUCUAAUAGACAUGCAAUUUUAUUAUGUGUACUUGUUUUUAAUUUUUGUUGAUUUCAUCUGUAUUUUUGGAUGAGCAUUUUAUAUUGGGGUGCACAUAAAUCAUACAUUUUAAACACCCCCCAAAUAAUCAUGCAAACUGCAGUUUUUUCAGGGUGCUGAGACUUGUAGCUUUGUGAUGGGGUAAACUACAGUUCCCAUGAUUAUUUUGGAGGGGGGUGUAUGCUUUAAAUGUGCUUUAAAUCAGUGGUUCCCAAACUAUUUCAGGCCACUGCCCUCUUGGUUCCAUAAACUCAUCCCCAGUGCCCCCUACCCUACAAAAAGCAUCAUUCAGAAUAAUGGUUUGCGUGACCCACUAAGGACGAUAAUAGAACAAUAAAAUUCAAAACAGUAACAGUUAAUUCAAAAUCCAAUUGAAACAAUUUAGUUUAACUAAUUCAACAAAAUUGAUGAACUGGAUCGAGUGAUAUCAGCUUUUGAAAGUCAUUUAACAAGAGUCUUAGAUACAUUUAGUAACUAUUUCACUGUUCAGCAAAUUCUAAAUGCGUUGGAUGCGCUUGAUGAAGUGAUACCAGUGUCCCGGUGUCUGGUUUAAAGUCACGUAGCAAGAGUCUUAAGUCACCACCUUUAGUAAUCUGGAGUCUGUUUCAUUGCUUGGAGAGAAGUUGGAUGACCACACUAAAACCAUGUUCCACUAAAUAUGUUGUUGAAAAUGCAACACGGAGCUUUUUGACCACUGUGCUUAGAAAUUUCCUUCUGUAACCAAACCUCUGGGUACGAUUUCUUAAGCUUUGGCUUCAGCUCAGUGCCAUUUUGUAGCUCAGGGCUUGUCCACCUGUUAGAUGACUGCUGUCCAAGUUGACCUGUGUGGGGUACAGGCUGGAGGGGUCAGUGGAGAAUUCAGUCCUGCUGGCUGCAGGGGUCUCCUUUGUCAGUAUGUUUCCCACUUGGAAUACACUGGAAAAACUGCACCCAGCAGGCAUGAACCCUGCCCAUCCACGGAUAUCACCCAGUAACAUCAGAUGAUUGACAGGUGGAUGUGUUUUGGAGAAAUUGCCUUGCAGGCCAACUUGGACCCUUCAGCAGCCCAAGACUGGCAUUCAGCCUGGAGGUUUUCUCUUCCCCACCAACCCACUCUAGCGUCUAGUUGGAGGACAGCUUUGCAAUGUGUAAAAUGGCCCUGAUUCCAUUGAUAACAGAAUCCCAGAAUGUGAUUUCAGCCUAAGCUCCCCAUUUCAUCGUGUUCUGAUUUUGGGAGACAAUUAGCUGUACAGAGAAUGGAUAUUGCGCAGAGUUGUAGGUGACAAGGCUUUUGAAAAUUUAUGGGGUGGUACGUAAAAGUAGGACUACCCAGGAGAGCAUCUCUGUCAGCUUAUCAUGGCUAGCUGGGGCUGAUGGGAGUUGGAGUCCAAAACAUGUGGAGGGCACCAGGUUGAGGAAGGCUGGCUUACAUGAAAAGGGUAUGAGCAUUAACUUGUGCAUCUUCCCCUUUUUAGUUUUUGAUGCAGCACGGGAAUGCAGUGGCCAAGGCAACGUAUGAGGCCCAUGUUCCUAUGUACUAUUACCGCCCAGUCCACACUGAUUGCCAGUAAGUGCCGAAUCUCCAUCUGGGAAGGGAGAAAGGGUUGUGCGUUGUGAGAUUUCUCUUACCUGUCACCAUAUCAUCUCUCUCGACUUCCCACAGAGUUCUGAGAGAGCAGUGGGUACGAGCCAAAUACGAACGGAAAGAAUUCACGGAGCCAGGAAAACAUCCGCCAUAUUCCAAUGGUAAUCCUUCUACAGUGGAAUCAAUCCCUCUGAAAAGCUAGCAGCCUUGUGACCAGUGCCAGAUUUACAUAUAAGCUAAACAAACUAUAGCUUAGGGCCCCACUCUCUUGGGGGCCCCCAAAAAAAUUAAAGGGGAAAAAACCUGUAUGUACAUUUUCAAAAUAUAAGAUAAAAAACAAAUAAAAUAAAACCAAUGUACACACAGCAACAAUGUUUUGUGUUGUGUAGGCUCCUAUGAUGUACCGUAAAUAACGGGCCCCGCCUGCUAGCCUGCUCCCUAAAAUAUCACUGGUUUGCUCAUUUCUAUAUAUUGGGUGCCUACAUUCUGCAUGGACUGGUUGCAUGGCAAUAUGUGCAAAUGACUUUAGAUACCUAUUUGGUCCAUAAAUUAUCAUAUAGCAUACAUUCAACACAUAAAAAGUGAAAAUUUGUUGUUGACAAAGGACAGCUGGACAUAUAAAGGGCCCCAUUACCUCCAGUAGCUUAGGGUCUCAUCAAACCUAAAUCCGGCCCUGCUUGUGACAGAAGAAGACAAUUUGGCACAUUGUUUUCCCUCCUUCAAACUCCCGGAGUGAGUCAUGAAAUGACAUAAUCAGGGCUGCUCACCAGAGGAAAUGGUUUACCUGUGAAACAGGAAGAAUUAUAAUUCAGUGCUUGUGGCCUGUAUGUAGCAAAGGGUGUGAAAACAGAGUGGAAGACCAUCUCUAUGUGUGAAUGCUUCCUCAGUGGGGGCAGGCAGAGCAGUUUUCACGUCCACCUUCCACCCUUUUAGAACUGAAGUACUUACAGCAUGGCUGCUACUUUUUCUUAUUGCAAAGCCUCCCCCCCCCAAAAAAAAAGACUUCAGAAAUUCAACUAUGCUUUUUCCAGCAGCGUUGGAGGAAAGUGCUACCUGCUGAAUUGUUGCUGUCACACAGCUGUAAAAAGACACAAGGAAUGGUCAGAGGAAUAGUGGAAGCUAGAACUUAAGUAGCUAGUCCUUAAGAACGGCAGAUCAAAUAAUUCCUCGGUCAUCUCUCAUCUAGGAUGUCUCUCACCCUGACGGCAUAGAGGAGAAUGCACUGUGCUAAAAUAUGUAGACUUUUGGAGUAGAAUGAUGGAGGGGUUUGGUCUCUGUAGGUCAGUAUGUAUCUGCUGUACAGAAACCUCAGUGGUCAGUGCACAGGGGCCAUAGCUCAGUGGCAGAGCCCCGCCCCCCUGCAUGCAGAAGGCCCCAGGUUCAGUCCUCUUGAGAUCUCCAAUUAAAAGAUGAGGGAGAAGGUGAUAGGAAAUACCUUUCUCUGACUGAUACCCUGAAGGACUAUUGCCAACCAAAACAGAGAAUAUUGGGCUAGAUCAGGCUUCCUCAACCUUGGCCCUCCAGAUGUUUUUGGCCUACAACUCCCAUGAUCCCUAGCUAGCAGGACCAGUGGUCAGGGAUGAUUGGAACUGUAGUCUCAAAACAUCUGGAGGGCCGAGGUUGAGGAAGCCUGGGCUGGAUGGACAAAUAGCCUGGUAUAAUCUGUUUACAAAUGCACUAGGUAAUUGAGGUGCAGGAGCAACUACACAGACCUCUUCCGGACGGCCUUUUCAUUAUUUGCUUGCAUAAAGCCUAUGCAGAGGUUAGGGAGUGUCUGGUCUUUAUUGAGUAUUUGUUGUGAUUUGCUUGCAAGGAGGUUAUGCGGCUGAGCAUUCAUCCUCCCGUGCUUGCGUGGUGUUUUCGCUUUUUCCCCUUAAUCAUUUGUUCAUUCCACACUUUUCAGUGCAUUCCCCCAUUGCUUUCCUAGCUGCAAAAAGUCUCAGUGUGUGUGUGUGUGUGUUUAAGUGGAUUUUUUUGCACUAGGAUGACAGGGCACUUUAAUCCACUUCAGUUGCAUGAACCUAAAUUCCCAGUAUAUGCUGGAAUUUCUCCCACAACAUACUGGCAGUUUGUAGGCAACCCUGAUACAUGGCAGCUUCCUUUGUGUCUUGGGCUGUCUGAUGUUUCCGUUCUGGCCAGUGCAUGUAAUCUCCAGCUUGCAUUUUCCUCCUAGGAUUGAAGGAAGGGAUUCUGUGGAAGCGAGGCAGAGACAACGGGCAGUAUCUUCCUCGCAGGUUUCUGCUGUCCGAGAGAGAGGGCUGUCUCAAGUAUUUUGUCAAACAGGAUGUGAGUAGCAAUCUACUUGUGUAAGUGCAUGGGCAACCUUUCCUACAGUCUUCAGAAGGAUGCUUCAGAAUUUCCUUUGCAGUACCGUAAGGAAACCGGAGUUGCCCUUGCAUUGCCCCUGUCAUCUCCCAUCUCUUCACACUUUAAACUGUUAAGGGCCUGCCUGUUUUUAUUUUUGCUUAUGAAGCUCUGCAAGAUCCCUUGUGCACUAGGGGUGUUGUAUAAAUACCAACAUUCUUUUCUUUUCAGGCCAAAGAACCAAAAGUAGUUGUUAAAAUUGACACUAUCAAUGCCACGUUCCAGCCAGAGAAGACAGGGAACCCAAAUGGCCUGCAGAUUACCUACCUGAAAGAGAACAAGACUCGCAACAUCUUCCUUUAUCAUGAGGAUGGGAAGGUACAGGGGCCGUGGCUAGCAGUGUGGUGUGGCACUCUGUAGGAAAUGGUGGAGAAAGCCUGGAUUUGACAGAGUCAGCGUCUUCUAUCAGAAGAUGGUCUAGAUAAGGAGUGACACAGGUAGAUCUCGGGGUGUUUCUGACUCAAUAGCUUGACAACAGCAACAGCAAAAUGACUUUAUCCAUCUAACUGGGCUGCUGAAAUGAAGAAAGCUAAACAGGAGUGGUCUUCUGUGCGAAAGGCCUGUGAGCCUAGUUUCCGUUCUGGUGCCAAAAACAUUCCUAGGCUCAGAAACGUGCUCAGAAGCAGCCUUUCUUCAAUAUCAGCUGCAUGUGUUUUGCACCUGGCUCUGGCUGGUGGGUCUUAGGGGUUCUAGUAAAAAAACCAAGUAGACCCAAGAAGCCUGGGACUGCUCACACCUGGCAUAAAUUGUACUAGAGGUCAAAGUCCACCACUGAAGACAACCCAGAUCCUUCUUGCUUCAUGUCUGGGAAUCUUUGGGUCCAAGGCAGACUCCCUUUCCUCAUCUCUCACACUGUCAGAACAAGCAUUGCCUGCAACAGCUGCAAAUUAAAUACAAGUCCUUAGCACUGCCAGUGAAUAUGGCCCUGGUAGGAAACCGUCGUGGGGCAGGAUGUUGUUUGGAUUAUUAUGAAUUCUAGCUGUGGGAGAUGUUCACUGAUGCUGCCCAGGAACUUUCUUCAAUUGGACUUUGGGUACCUCAGACACAUGCUGCAAACUUACCAGGAAGAAAGUUCCAUAGGCAUAGGGGAUUAGACAAAUUCAUGGAGGAUAGGGCUAUCAGUGUUUCCUUGUCACAAUGGCUAAGUUCUGCCUACAUUGUCGGAGGCAGUGUGCCUCUAAAUACCAGCUGCUGGGGAUCACAAGUGGAGAGAGUGCUGUUGCAUUUACAUUCUGCAGGUGGGCUUCCCGUGGGUUGGCCGCUAUAAGAGCAGGAUGCUGGUCUAGAUUGGCUUUUAGCCUUGUCCAACAGGUUUCUUAGAAACCAACAAGAUUUGCUUCUGAGUAGACCUGAGUAGACCUGAGGGACGCGGGUGGUGCUGUGGGUUAAACCACAGAGCCUAGGGCUUGCUGAUCAGAAGGUCGGUGGUUCGAAUCCCCAUGACGGGGUGAGCUCCCGUUGCCCGGUCCCUGCUCCUGCCAACCUAGCAGUUCGAAAGCACAUCAAAGUGCAAGUAGAUAAAUAGGUACCGCUCUGGCGGGAAGGUAAACGGCGUUUCCGUGCGCUGCUCUGGUUUGCCAGAAGCGGCUUAGUCAUGCUCACCGCAUGACCCGGAAGCUGUACACCAGCUCCCUCGGCCAAUAAAGCAAGAUGAGCGCCACAGCCCCAGAGUUGGUCACGACUGGACCUAAUGGUCAGGGGUCCCUUUACCUUGACAUACUUAGGGUCAAGCUUCCGGUUCAUUGUUCUUUUGUGUGCCCUUCCUCUAUCUAGGAAAUUGUGGACUGGUUCAAUGCGAUCCGCGCAGUACAAUUCCACUAUUUGAAGGUGGCCUUUCCUGUUGCCAGUGAUCAAGAGGUAAGGAAGUUAUGGAACAAGAUUGGGCUCCUUCAGGCAACCUGUUUAUCCAACAUUCAUCCUGAUUUUCUUGCACAAAGUUUGUGCAGAGAAUAGAUUAUGGCUGGUCUUUUAUUCAUUUUGAUUUCUUUGCAGGAAAGUUAUGUGACAGCAGCAUUCAUCCUGAUUGUCAUGUCAGGUGUUUGUUUGGUGUUUACACAUUGCCUUGUCAACCACUUGUUUAUCCCACACUUUUCAGUGCAUUCAAUUUAUUAGCUGCAUUAUCUUUUUAAAGUUGGCUUGAUUUCUUUAAAAGUGGAUCUCUUGUGCUGGGGCAACAGAGCACUUGAAUCCACAAACCAAAAUUUCUGGCAUGUGCUUGCAUUCCUUCUGCAUAGCUUGCUUGCAAGGCUGCACUACAGACUAACUGGCUUCCUAGUGUCAUUGCAAAUCUAAUUACAUUCAGCUCUUUGGCCAUCUUUGACUCAAAGUGAAAUUGGGUAGAGUGUGUGUGUUUGGUUGGGCCAGCAUUAGGCAUUUUGGGGGGGGUGUCUGUGGAGCUGGCAUGUUUGGGUUUGGCUGGACAGAACUAGUUGUUUUGAUACCUUGGGUAAAAAGAUGUUUCCCCCCUACCCUACCCUACCCUACCCUACCCCACCCUAUUUCCAGUCUCAGUCUAUCCAAACCUCUGAUUAUGCAUAGUGUUUGAGUGUCUUCCCAGCCAUUUCUGAUAAGUCAAAAGCUGUCCUUCUGUUGCAGCUCAAAAGCCGUCUGACUCGGAAUUUCCUGAAAGAAGGCUACAUGGAGAAGACUGGGCCCAGGGUAUAUCAAUUUAUUUAUUUAUUUAGGUUUCUAUAUUUAUUUUAAAUCUCUGUUCAUCUCAGAAGCUAUUGCGAGGUGCCAAUAUGUUUUGUUGUUGUGUUUUUUUUAAAAAAUCCCCUGCCCAAGGUUUAGCCAAGAGUAAACUAUCAGCAAAAUGAAAACAGCAAGAAUGCAUCUUGCGAGAUUAAGGUUGAGGCAGUCACACUGCUCCACUUCCAGUCAGUACAUAUCCCAUAAUGUUUUAUACCACAAGCGUUCUGGUAUAUUUUUGUCCUGCUUUGGUAUCCUCUAACACCCUCCCCCCCCCCCACUCCCCAGACAGCUUUAAUGUGGUAGCACUGGGGAAGCACUGUAGAACAAAUUAAAGUAGGGAAAAAAUCCACUACAGUGGUACCUCGGGUUACAUACGCUUCAGGUUAUAUAUGCUUCAGGUUACAGACGCUUCAGGUUACAGACUCUGCUAACCCAGAAAUAGUACCUUGGGUUAAGAACUUUGCUUCAGCAUGAGAACAGAAAUCAUGCUCCGGCAGCAGCAGGAGGCCCCAUUAGCUAAAGUGGUACCUCAGGUUAAGAACAGUUUCAGGUUAAGAACGGACCUCUGGAACGAAUUAAGUACUUAACCCGAGGUACCACUGUACUAAUGCAUUGUUAUUGUGUUAAGAACUUGUUGUGGAAUACCUGCAACAAACAACAGUCUGGGUGGGCCCUCUUAACUCUGUGCUACUAGGACAGAUGUGAUAUAAGAAUUGAAUGCACUUCUAAAGCCACUAUCGAAGAUUGACCAGGAGAGGGCUCCCUCCUCUUGUAAACAUCUCUGGUUCUUCUGCAGCAAAAGGAGUCUUUCAAGAAGCGCUGGUUCACUCUGGACCACCGAAGGCUGAUGUACUUCAAGGAUCCUAUGGUAAGCCAGCAACUGGAUUGCCCCUUAUCCCCUCCCACCUUGCUCUGCUCUCAGUUCUUUACUAUCUUACGCUGUCUUCCAGCAGAUGAAUAGCCGUCUUGUGUUGCUUGAAACAGGAGCAGGGUUGCUGCCUAUCAAACCGGCUCCUGUCGCCAUGCUGAUUUAGGAACCUAAAGUUUUAGUGCUUGCUUUCUGCCCGUCAGACUUUCGUUAAAGCUGGGUUUCCUCCCUCUCUGACCAGUGGCAAGCUCAAAACAGGUGCAAAGAGACAGCUCCUGAAACCUUGAACCAUGGGACUUGUUCCCCACAGGAUGGCCCCCAACUUGGACGGCUUUAAGAGAGGGUGGGAGAAAUUCACGGAGCAGAUGGCGAUUGGUGGCUACUAGCCAUGAUGGCUGUCCUCUGCAUCCAUGGUUGGAGGCAGUAAUGCCUCUGAAUAUCAGCUGCUGGAAACCACAGGGCAUGAGAGAGUGGUCUUGUGUUCAAGUCCUGUUUGCAGGCUUGGCACUUGGCUGGCCAUUGUGAAAACGACACUGGAAUAGAUGAGCCAUUGGCAGGAACGGGGAACCACGUUUCCUUGGACUGUAGGCCCCAUCACUCCUGACCGCUGGCCAUGCUGGCUGGGGCUGAUGGGACUUGGAGCCCAACAGCAUGUCAGGCCAUCUGUCAGAGAUGCUUUAUUUGAGAUCCCUGCAUCGCAGGGACUUGGACGAGAUGAUCCUUGCGGUCCCUUCCAACGUCAUAAUUCUACGAUUCUAUGAUUACCUUCUAGAGGCCUAUAGGUUUCUUAUUCCUGUUAUGGAGGGAAGAGUGAUGGAAAAUGUCCACUCCCCCAGGCUGCUGCUUCAACUGUCUGAGCUGCUUCUGCUCCUUCUAACAUUAAAGGGUGGGGUUUAAGAUUCUGGCACAUCAUCAAGCUUUACUCCUUCCCCAUUGUGCCGCUACACACCCUGGGAAACUGUUUCGAUGACCCCUUCAGAGUUUUCUUUUCCCCUCCAAAUCUUUUUUUUUUAAGUUUUACAUUGCAAAUUUAAAUUCAAACAUUAAACACCAACACCAUCAUUUAGGAUUCCCUGCAUUCUUUGACUCCCCUCCACCCUUCCAUGGUUACCACUAUUAAUCUUUUUUCAACUGCUUCUCUUAUUUUUUCUAUUUUUCUUAAAUAAUCCAUUUUUACCAUAAUUUUUAGUACAUUACAAGCAUCCCUCAAAUCCUGCCAAAGUUUUUAGUUGUUUACAGUGUUCUCUUAAAUACAUUGUAAAUUUUCCCCAUUCCUUCUUAAAGUUCUUCUCUUCCUGGUUUCUGAUUUUCCCAGUCAAUUUCGCCAUUUCAGCAUAGUCCAUCAUCUUCAUCAACCAUUCGUCUCUGGUCAGGACUUUGUCUUCUUUUCAUCUCUGGGCCAGUAGUAUCCACGCUGCUGUCAUUGCAUACAUAAAUAAUCGUUUCUGCUCCUUUGGUAUAUCUGCACCUAAAAUUCCUAAUAAAAAGGCCUCUGGUUGACGACCCCAUCAGAGUUUUCAUUCUGGUCCAGUGUGGGCUCUAACAUGGACCGGAAUCCCAAGGCACGUCUCCCAUUUCUCUCCUACCUUGCAGGAUGCUUUUGCGAAAGGUGAGGUGUUCAUAGGAAGUGAUGGGCAUGGAUAUGGUGUCCGGCAAGGGCUGCCAACUGGCACGCAGGGCACCUUCACGUGGCCGUAUGGCAUCACCAUUAUCACACCUGACCGGGAAUACCUCUUCACCUGUGAGACUGAAAGGGAGCAGCAAGAGUGGAUUGCAGCCUUCAGGCACGUUAUAGAGCAGCCCAUGACACCCCAGGAAUAUGCAAGUAAGUGUCAGAAAGACUUUCUUCUUGGGCACUUGAGUCUUAUAUAUAAUUUUUCUAAUUUACAUUUCAAAAUAUUCAUUUAAACAACCUUAAAUCAAUGACUUCCCUUCUUCACUUUCCGUGGUCCAUUUUGCAUACCAUACAUCCCUGCAUGUUUUACAUGAACUAAACCAUUCUGUAAUCCAUUGUUACAUCCAUCAAAACUUAUUUACACUGUUGAAUUUAUCUUAAUGCUACCAGCGUUUUUAAAUGAACAGAAUUUUCACCCAUAUAUUCAGUAAACAUUUUCCAGUACAUUUAAAUGUACAUUCUUCUUGUUCUCUUAUUCUAUAUGUUAUAUCUGCAAGCUGCGCUUAUACCAUCAGUUUAAGUUGCCAUUCUUCUUUAGUUGGGACUUUGCUCAUUUUCCAUUUCUGGGCUAACAAAACACGGGCCGCAGUAGUAGCAUACAUAAAUAGUCUUUUUUGACACCUGGGAAUUUCCCUCUGAAUUAUCCCCAACAGAAAGGACUCUGGUUUUUUUGUUUUUUUUUGGAAAGGUACUUUUAAACAAUUUUUUCAAUUCAUUAUAUAUCAUUUCCCAAUACCCUUUUACCCUUUUACAAGUCCACUACAUAUGAUAGCAUAUCACACCACAACACUUUCUCCUUCCCACCUCCAGAAAACACAUGUACAUGUUCAGGAGGCUCAGAUGAACAACUUUCAUACAUGCUCACAUACAUUGCAGCAUUUUUGCUCUUAAAGCAGCACAGGGGAGCGGGGGUCUCCUACGCCAGCACUGGCCUGGAGAAGCAAAAAUUCAUCUUCCCUGCCUCUCUGUCUUCUUCUUUUCUUUACCUGUUGCAGCUAACUCUUCUUUUUACAGUGAGUGUGCUGCUGCAUUUGGAGCAAACAGUUGUUCCCAUUCUCUCCAGUGCUCAAACUGCCCCACACCUGUUUGCUUUGCUUCCAGCAGUGCCUCGACUGUAAAAAGAUUUUUUUUAAAAAGACACUGGAGACUGCCAACUAUUGUGGGGACAUUGUUUUAGGAAACCCGGAGGCUGCAGGGCCUCUGACCUGUGCCCCAGAAUCUGGUCUUGUUGGUGCUUCUGUGGCUGACCUCUGGAAACCCCACCCUGACUUCUGUGAUUUUACCAGGCACUGUCCACAUCCUUGAAAACUUGUCUCUGCAUCCUUGAGAACUAGAAACUUAAAUUAUGAGAUAAAACAAAAGCUGCAUUCCGUGUGCCCAACACUAAAUUCUGUUUGAGAAUAUAUGUAAUUGCAGAACUCAUCCAUCCCUGCUCUGAUGCCUCCUCUGUUUUCCUACAGUUGAAGCUUAUUUCAAGCUGAAGCCCUAACAUCUUUGAAGGAGAGAGACUUGCUGCUUUUCUACUUGUUGGUCUGCCCUCUUGUGAAACACAGAGUUAAAGAAGGCACCCUUUCUCAAAGAAGCUGCUAUGCUAUAUUCCAGUGCCUCGUGGUUGGGAUCCAUUUGGACAGCAGAGCUUUCUGCCAUUUUGAUCAGCGACGGAUCCAGACGGAAAGCGCAGGAGCUGAUCAACCGAGGCAUUAUUUGUCCUGUCCCACCAUAGGCCUGGCAGACUUGCUUUCUCUUGGUCACACUAUAUGCAGGGGCCCUCCUCCGUGGCUUACUACUGCUUACUGCUGGUUGGCUGCUGUCUAUUCAAGGCUUCAACAGGAAGAUAGAAAAAAAAUCACUUAUCAAAACAGCUGUGUGUAUAUGUACCAAACUGAUGAGUAUUUUAUUUUGCUCCUGUUUCUGCUGCUGCCCCAUGUCUCUUACUCUCUGAUUAUUCUGAUGUCCUGGCUGCCAGGUUUCCCCACUUUGCUAUCUAUUCAAAACCAUGAUAAACCUGUUAUCUUUCUCUUGACUUCAAGUUCCCGGCAGCCUGCAGUAGUGCUUGUCUUUUGAGUUCAUAUUGUUGCCUCCAGUAGAAAAACGAGGACUGUCCUGAGUGCCGAGACUGUUCUGGGUGGUCCAGUCAUGCAUGCCUCCCUAUCAAAACUGAUCAAGAAAACACACACACACACAGUUGCAUUCAUGUUCAUUUUUCCAUUGAUGUCAAUGGGCAACCCAGCCACUCCACUGCCUGUAACUUCUGUGUUUUCUAUUCAAAUGUAAUGAAAUUUCAAGGUGUUCUACUUAUCUUCCCAAAGCAUCGGACCAGCCAAAUAAUUUCAGGAAGAUUGGUCAAAGGGUAUCAGUUUUAUAAGGCAUUGAAAAUAUCAUUGCAUAUGCUCCAAGGUACUCCUAAUUUUCAAUGGAGAACCAACUACCUAUUCCUCUGCUUGUAACUUGGCAUGAUAAUUUUGGUGUGCCUUUUUAAUAGACCCCAUUUUAUACCUGACAGAUGCAUUGAUCUCUCUGCCUCUUGUCCUCUCCACAUCAACUUUCUAUGACCUGUAUAGGCUGCUCCUGACUGUUUCUGUUUCUUCAUCCCAGCGGAAAUGAGUGAAAAAUAAUCAAAUGAAAGAUUUUGUUGUUGUUGUUCAGAACUCUUCAAUUUGAAUUCACAUAUGUUAUCCUAACUGAAACGAAUGAAACUAAUGGGGCUUGUUCCUUUCAUUUUCCAUUCAUUUUCCGCAAUGAAUGUGGAGAUAGCUAUAACAACACAACUUGCUCUUCUUUAUAGACAAGCUCUUGAGGAUUCUUGCCAGCCUGCUUGACGUUCUUCUCUGAUCCAGUGGGCUUCUCCUUAUAUCAAUUAGCCCUCUCUGCCAGAUGAAGAACUCGAAUUCAGGUUUCUCUGCCCAAUUAUUUAAUGUAGGCAGAGGAAAGGCAAGGGUUAAAAGUCCAUCAGGCAUAGGAGCCAACUCCUAGGGGGUGAGGUCUCUUUGCCCCCCCAACAAAAGAUAUGAGGGGGCUAUCCUCCCCCCCCAAGUUGAUGGGCAUUGCCAUUCAAAUAGUGUGUGUGCGCUGUGUCAUGUGAUUGAUUAUCACAUGACAGGUCAAAUGCGUGGCAAAGUAUGAGCUGAGACAUUGAUCCAACAAGCAACACUCUUCCUCCCGCUCCUUAGCCCACCUGAACCUUCUCCAGGCUACCUGCUCCCCUGACACUGCUCUGUCUCAGACAUUUUGCCUCCCUCACCCUGUUCAGACCCUCCGCCAGGUAUUCCAGCUCCCUGAUCUCUCCCCUCUUCAGGAUUAAACUGUCCCUCCUGUGACAUCCCUGCAGGACUGAUGACAGUGGGGAGGGCAGCUUUGCAAAUUUUCUCAAGUUCAUGUUUGUAUUUGGAACCAGGCAUUAUCCCAGAAGCAGAGGCAGAUUUAUGGGAGCACAUCCGGUUUGCCUAAAUUGAGCUCCGAGCCGAGAGGGCGUCACAGGGAGUUCUGCAAUAAUGACGAGCGAUGGAAGGCAGGAGGGGGCACCAAAUUUUGGCAUUGCACUGGGCACCACUGAAAUCUGCACUGCCAGAAGUGGGGGAUAGAUUUUUUUUCUGUUUCAUGAAAUGCCUUGCAGAAAAUGACUAGAGAUGUAUCAGGUUGCAUGUGAGCAAGGAUGUUGUGUGUGUGUGUUUUGGGUUCAAGAAGAUGAGUUCUGAGUGGCUCAGUAGGAAUGCUGGAAAUGUUUGUAGGAGUAUUAUUUUGUUAAACUGACUCCAGAAAGAGCACUGAAACAAUCGGUUACGCUGCCAAACCCUUUGCAGUCAUGCUUUCCUCUCAGCCGAUCAAGCUGGGCUGAUGGAAUGGCUCAUCUAGCACCAAAUUGCCAAGGCAGCUGUUUGCAGCUGGAUUUUCCCCUAACUGCGUUUGUGGAGCUUAAGAGGAGGGAAAAUGGCUGGCUAGAGAAUUCCACUUAGUGCUAUCUGAGAUCCCUGGCAUUAGCAUUACUGCUGACUACAUGGCAUAAACUAAGGGUAUUGUUCCAAGCCAUGACAUGCAAGCAAAAACCUCGCUGCAAGCGUGUGCAUGCCUCCUUACACGUUACUGGUAAGCAACGGCCAACAGGAUAGAGUUUUGUCAUUUUUAUGCUGUGGGCCAGGGAUUGGGAACCUCAGGUCCAGGAAACAAAUGCAAACUUCCAGGCCUCUCAAGUCUGGUCACCUCAGAAGGAUCCCUUGGCCACUCCCUGCACUGGCCUCCCUCCACAACCUGAAAGUUUUUGUCUGACCGGAAUGUGCCCUUGGACUCUGACAAUGCCACUAGCCUAUCUGGACAGAGGAUGGAGAAGGGUUUGUGUUAAACUAUCCUAGGGGUCAAAAAUGAAAUGUACAUUCAUUGGGCCACCCACUUUUGCUUCUGGCCUUGCCUGCCACUAUUAUGUGGUCCUUGGACAGUGGUCAAAAAGGGCUAAGAUAGGUUCCCCACCCCUGCUGCGUGCCUGUUGCGUAGAAUUGAGAAAUGUCCUGAUUUUGAUCAUGAUAGGGAAAUUGCUAUAAUGUUUUAAAUUUAAGGAAAUGUUUUAAAUUUAAGGAAAUAUCAGGGCAAGGAAAUAUCCAGAAUGUUUAAAACAACACUACAAGCAAGCAGCUGUGUUGGUCCUUCAUUAAUAAUAAAAAGUAACAAUAACAUUUGAGGACCUAUUAAUGUUGUAAACAACUUUUAUAAAGCUGUGUAUGUGCUUAAUCUUUAAAGCCCAUUUGAAAUUCUUACUCCAAAGAGUUCUAGGCACUGUAGUUUGUUAAGGGUUGUUCAGAAUUGUAAUUCUGUGAUCCUAAAAGUAAAAUUAAAAAUGAGAUGCUGUCCUUUGGG